AGGGAGGGAGGGGGCGGUGACGGCCGCGCUCUCCCGCCAGUCGCCGCGUCGGCGGCCCCCGACGGACGUGCCCGCUGGCCCAUGGCCGCGGCGUCUUCGCCCCCUCCCCGACUCGGAGCCAAUCGUGGAGCCGGUGACCGCCGCGGAGGCGUGACCCGCUCCCGGAGCGGGGAGGGGGGACGGUCUGUGUGUGUGUGUCUGUGUGUGUGGUAGGGACAGACGGAGCGUAGAGCAUCUUUCGGGCUCGUUGCUACUGUCAGGUUUCGCCCUCGCUCCCCAGCCGCCUUCUCGCCCGCCGCUGGUAGCCAGGGCUGUACUUUCCCUCUCGCGGCCAUGUCGUCGCCGUCGUCUGGAGAGCGAUACGAGGAGGAGGAGGAGGAGGACGGCGCCUACGAGAGCCAGGCCAAGCGGCUGAAGCCCAGCGCCGCUGCCGAAGAAGGCGAGAUCGAGUAUAGCGGCGCGGAGGAGAGCGAGAGCCGGCGGGACAAGCCCCCCGCGCCGCGCGGAGGGGGCUUCUCGGGCGGGGAUGCUGGGGGAAGUCACCACAAAGUCUCCGUUUCUCCUGUCGUCCAUGUCCGAGGGCUGUGUGAAUCAGUUGUGGAAGCAGAUCUCGUAGAAGCUCUUGAAAAGUUUGGAACCAUAUGCUAUGUCAUGAUGAUGCCAUUUAAGCGCCAGGCUUUGGUGGAGUUUGAAAACGUAGAAAGUGCGAAGAAAUGUGUAACAUUUGCAGCAGAUGAGCCUGUGUACAUUGCUGGGCAGCAAGCUUUUUUCAACUACUCCACGAGUAAGAGGAUUACUCGACCAGGAAACACUGAUGAUCCAUCUGGAGGAAAUAAAGUUCUUCUGUUGUCAAUUCAGAACCCUCUAUACCCGAUUACAGUGGAUGUCUUGUACACUGUGUGCAACCCUGUUGGAAAAGUUCAGCGCAUUGUUAUAUUCAAGAGAAAUGGAAUUCAAGCUAUGGUUGAGUUUGAAUCUGUGUUUUGCGCCCAGAAGGCGAAGGCUGCACUCAACGGAGCAGAUAUCUAUGCAGGAUGCUGCACACUAAAAAUUGAAUAUGCAAGGCCAACUCGACUUAAUGUCAUUAGAAACGACAACGAUAGUUGGGACUACACUAAACCCUAUCUGGGCCGACGAGACAGAGGGAAGGGCCGCCAGAGGCAAGCUAUUUUGGGAGAGCAUCCAUCAUCAUUUAGACAUGAUGGUUAUGGGUCACACGGUCCUUUGUUGCCCCUACCGAGCCGGUAUCGAAUGGGAUCUCGGGACACUCCAGAACUUGUUGCUUAUCCAUUGCCCCAGGCAUCCUCUUCUUACAUGCAUGGUGGAAAUCCUUCUGGGUCAGUUGUCAUGGUUAGUGGGUUGCAUCAGCUAAAGAUGAACUGUUCAAGGGUCUUCAACCUGUUCUGCUUGUACGGAAACAUUGAGAAGGUGAAAUUUAUGAAGACUAUUCCAGGCACGGCACUGGUUGAAAUGGGGGAUGAAUAUGCUGUGGAAAGAGCUGUCACACACCUCAACAAUGUCAAGUUAUUUGGAAAGAGACUUAAUGUCUGUGUUUCCAAGCAACAUUCAGUAGUUCCAAGUCAGAUAUUUGAACUGGAGGAUGGCACAAGUAGUUACAAGGAUUUUGCAAUGAGUAAGAAUAAUCGCUUCACCAGUGCUGGCCAAGCAUCUAAGAACAUCAUCCAACCACCCUCUUGUGUGCUGCAUUAUUACAAUGUUCCCCUGUGUGUAACUGAAGAAACAUUUGUAAAGUUAUGUGAGGAUCAUGAAGUUCUCAGCUUUAUUAAAUACAAAGUGUUUGAUCCAAAACCUUCUGCCAAAACACUGUCUGGUCUGUUGGAAUGGGAAUGUAAGACCGACGCAGUGGAAGCUCUCACUGUACUUAAUCACUACCAGAUAAGAGUCCCAAAUGGCUCCAACCCUUAUACCUUGAAGCUUUGCUUCUCUACGUCAUCCCAUUUAUAGAGGAGAGGACAGCAUGUUAAGAGCUACACUCACCUUGAUUUUGCAAGUUUAAAACUACACUUCGUUCAUAAAGCUCUAAAGUGAUUGUUCUAAUGUUGCCUUGUUUCAAUUUAACGUCUAAUAUCUUUUAUCUUGUUUUAUAAUAAAUGUUAUGUUCCUUCAUAAAUGGCAAACCAGGUUUUUUUCUUUUUGCCUCGGAGAAGUACACGUUGUAAGCUUAUUACAAAGUUUGUAUUUUGUUAGUGUAGUAUCUUCAAAUGUCUAAAGAAGCACCAGUAGUAUAAACAAGAUUGUUUUCUUCCAGAAAUGAAAUAUAUUUGCAUUUUGGGUAAUGUGAAAUAUUAGCAAGUGUUUUUCCAUUUGUAGUCUUUAAUUGGCAGAUAGAACUAUCUCAUCAGAAUUUUAACUGUAGAGCUUGUUUUUCAGUAUGUUAAGUAGUGAAGUAUGUUGCAAUACUAAAAAAGCUUGUAUUUAUAAGAUGCUUUAUUCAGGUUAAUGUUGCACAUACCGAUUUUUAGUAGUAGAUACUUGAUUUAUGAUUCAUAAAAAGCUAACGCAGACAGUUAUUAAGUAUGUACCUGUGUAUGGUGUGAAUUCAGACUUAUUUAAAGUGGUUUGGGUUGUUUUUUUUUUAAAGAAAAACAACCAACUAUUUUCCAUGUGCAUUAGCAUGAUGCCAUCUAGAGCUAGUCCCACCGUAGGGGCCUUUUAACAAUUAAAAUUUCAAGCCUG